UAGUUUGAUACGCUCACCCAGUCGAUUCGCAGCAUCGCGCGCUGUUGCCGGCCAGUUCGAAACAACGACCCAACAGCCGCGCGUAACGCGUUCCAAAUUCGAAAAUUAAAAUUUUCAUAUUUUAUGACAGUCUUUUGUCAUCGUUAUUCUAAAAAUAAAAUAUUAAAUUAUAAGUGAAAAAGUGCAUCAGGCUGAUCGUCUUUCCAAGUCCCAAAUUACGAAAGUGCAAGAAAAAUAAUCGAACAGAUAAGAAACGCCAAUGUGGUAAUGACUAACGGGACACGUGCUACUGGAACCAUACACGUAUAAUAUCUAAGUAAAAACAAUAAAAAACAUGUCGACAGAAACUCAAGAGUACGUUAAUGGCAUGAGGCCGGGCCCUUUGACGAGGGAGAUACCAGAGUGCAUGCGAAAUAAAUACACUUUGAUCCAAUCAAUUUUUGACCUUAUUGUAACGUUGGUGACAGUUAUCGGAUAUCUAUUUCAAGGAAUAUACAGAUCGAUCAUAGGGAAGCCGAAGAAAGACCUGAAGGGUCGAAUUGCCUUGAUCACGGGCGGGGGCGGCGGUCUGGGAAGCCUUAUUGCCUUGCGACUCGCGAGGCUCGGAUGUGUGGUUGUACUAUGGGAUAUAAAUAAACAAGGACUUGAAGACACAGUGAAGCUAGUCAAAGGCAUCGGAGGAAAAUGCUACGGUUAUGUCGUAGACUUAGCCGCUCGGGAGGACAUCUACCGAGUUGCCGACCAAGUGCGAAAGGACGUGGGAAAUGUAUCCCUUCUCGUGAACAACGCGGGUGUGGUAUCUGGUAUGUACCUCCUUGAUACACCGGACCAUCUCAUCCAAAGGACGUUUGAUGUUAACAUCUUAGCUCAUUUCUGGACAGUAAAAGCGUUUAUCCCAGACAUGAUCGAAAGCAACGACGGGCAUAUAGUGACCAUAGCGUCCAUGGCCGGGCACGUGGGCGUCCCCAAGUUGGUCGACUAUUGCGCGUCCAAAUCCGCCGCGUGUGGAUUUGAUGAAGCCCUCAAUGUGGAACUGGAGUCCAAAGGAAUAAAGGGCGUCCACACAUCGCUCAUCUGCCCGUACUUUAUUAGAGCUACGGGAAUGUUUGAAGAAGUUAACUCGAGGAUCGUCCCUCAGUUGAACUCCAAUGACGUAGCGGAUCGCGUGGUGUACGCGAUACGGACCAACGAGCGGCUCGCCAUGAUACCCGCAUACUUCAGACUUUUGCUGCCUUUCAAAUGGAUUGUCCCAUGGGCAUGCACGUCGGAAAUGAUCCGCGGUCUCGUGCCGGACGCGAUGCCCGCGCCCAUGCCCAUGCCCGAGCACAAAUUGGACGCGCCCACGACCGGGAAGGACUCGCGGCCCAUGACUUUAGUCCCACCCGCUAGACACGACCGACAUGUCUGACCAUGCUCUAAUCUUAUUUUUUUCGAAUGAUGAUUACUUAGAGCAUUAAACCCAUUGUUUAAAGUUGGUUUAAUGCUCUUAGGCUAUAAUGGUUGUUAGGGAUUGUUCUGGUGUUUUGUGUUUAAGUAUAGUACCUACUAUUGGAUAUUUUAAUGUAUUUUAUCCCGUCGCUGUAAGAAACAACGCGAACGGGAUAAACAAGUAUGUACCUAUAUACGUACUACUCAAAAGAAAAUAAAAGUGACUUAUUCAUUUCAUCUUGAUUUAAAUUGACUCUUUCACAACAUGUUAAAAACAUCGUUUAUUGUUGAUAACGUAAGUACAAUCUCAAGAAUAUAUAUUAACUCUUUUUUUUUUCCAACCCUUUAUAUAUUCUUUUGAGUGGUAUAUAAUAAAUAAAUCGCCUUUUAAAACCGUCAAAAGUCAUUAAUUUCCAAAUUAUAUAUGAUAUAAUUUUUAAAUUAAGUAUAGACUUAACGAAAAAUAAUUGACUUUGAACAUCUUCGACAUGUCUUGGCUCGACAUUUGUUUCUAUUACUUAUCCCUUUAUCGUUGUAAUUGUAAAAAAUCAGAGUUCAAGUCUAUUAUUAAGUUAUUAAGUAAUUAAUGAGGACCAUGCAAUGCCUUAGUGAUUUGUAAAAAAUAUAAAAUAUGACAACUUCUAAUGGUGCAUCAAUAAGUGACCUUAACUUAGUGAAUGAAAGACAAUCUUCAAAAUAUAAGUUGUAAUACAAGUUUAUACGAGAAAAACGGAAAAAAAGCAUCUUUUAUAUCAUUUAUUUUUAAUAACGCUUGUGAAUUUUGUAAUAUUUUCAUAGUUUUGUUAUACGAUUUACAUUAAAACGUUUUUGACAUAAUUCUCUAUUAAAUAAAUGUUAAUGGUGCAAUUAUAUAAUUUUACUCUUCACAAAAUGUGUCUACAUCAAUACUUUUAAGUUAACAUUAAAUAAUUUUAGUAAAGCUGUGGUACUUAGUCAAAUUAAGAUAACAAGAGAUUUUGGAUGUGAUUUCUAGUUAAAAUAUAGUUUAGUUAUUUUUAUAUCCCUUUUAUACUGUGGUAGCUAGGUACUACAUUGCAAUAUCAAUAACUUUUAUUUUACUUAAUAUGAGAAAUUCCUCUUUUUGUAUCUAAAUCUAUGUGCCUUAAGAAUAACAUUUCAAUUUCGUUUAUAAGAACGUUAAAAAUGUCUAAUAGUUUAUCAUAUAAGACCUUUUUUUAUUUUGAAAUUACACGGCAGCUAGAUAAUUUAUAACACAAUAUAAAUGAAGAAUAAGAUUGUUUCAAAUAAUUGAAUUAAUAACACAUCCAUAGCUAAAGAUAUUGCAAGUAUUGUAGCACGUCCUCAAGUGAGCUCAAGAGCGAACUUGGUACACAUUACCUCUUAUUUUUAUUUAGGUAAUUAAUGAGGGUUCGGUUAGAUAACAUGCAAUUUGCUCAACAUCCGAAUGCAGAUAAUAAUUAAUUUUUAUGUUAUUUAGUUUGAUCAUAAAUCCAUCUUCAAGAGGCGCAAAUUGCAUUUUAUCAAUAGUUGUUUUGAGCAUUUUAUUUAUAGCUAUAAUAUAUUGUAUAUGUAUCAAAGGCAUUUUAUUGUAUCAAAAGUUUUAAAAACUCGUCAACUGUAUGUAACUAUGUAAUAAAUAAGGUUUGCAUUUGUACGACCAAUUUUGUAUACAUUCCAUUUUGUGAUGUAGGUAAUAAUGUUUGGGAUAUACGAAUUAUUUUUAUAACUAAUAAAUGAAAUGAACAUACAUUAA